CCCAAGAUUAUGUGCAACUACAACAAUAACAACAGACAACAAAACAAAACUCUCGUAAGAGAAAAAAAAAAAAAAGCAAAACACAUCUUCACCAUCUCUCUUUGGACUGGCAGGUGAACCCAUCUUCACUUCCAAUCCCAUCUUCACGUUAUUCACCUCCAAACUCCAUCUUCACUUUUGAUACAAAAAAAAAAAAAAAAAAAAAACGAUACUACUCUUCUUCUUAGUUUCUUGGCUACUUAGUUGUGUUUGUGUGCACUUUUAUCUUUAUGUUCUUCUUCUUAUUCUACUAUCUACCCAGAUGAGAAUUGUACCCACCAAUGACCAAUGGCUGCAUCAUCUUUGGUGAGCGUAGAAGCCUCCUUUUCUGAAAAUCUCAAAGGCUUUAUUCUUGCUGUUGUUUCCAGUGCUUUUAUUGGCUCCAGCUUCAUUGUCAAGAAGUUGGGUCUCCAACGGGCUGGUGCAUCUGGGACUCGAGCUCGUUCUGGUGGAUACGGGUAUCUUAAGGAGCCACUAUGGUGGAUUGGCAUGAUUACAAUGAUCGUUGGUGAACUUGCGAAUUUUGUUGCUUACAUGUUUGCUCCUGCUGUGCUCGUCACGCCACUGGGAGCUUUGAGCAUAAUUGUUAGCGCUGUUCUAGCACACUUCUUUUUGAAGGAAAAGCUGCAGAAAAUGGGUAUAUUGGGUUGUGUCUUGUGUAUAGUGGGGUCUACAUUGAUUGUGCUUCAUGCACCCAGUGAAAGUAGUCUGACUUCAGUGGAAGAAAUUUGGGAAUUAGCAACUCAACCAGCUUUUCUUUUGUAUUUGGCCUCAGCAAUAGCUAUAGUUCUGGUGCUGUUCUUGUAUUGUGAACCACGCUAUGGGCAGACAAACAUAAUGGUCUAUAUUGGAAUAUGUUCCAUUAUUGGAUCUUUGACGGUUAUGAGUGUUAAGGCUGUUGGUAUAGCAAUAAAACUCACAAUAGAGGGUUCAAGCCAGGCAGCUAGCUUCCAAACAUGGGUUUUUGUAAUGGUGGCAAUUACAUGUAUUAUCACUCAGCUGAAUUAUUUGAACAAGGCUUUGGACACAUUCAACACAACAGUUGUUUCUCCAAUCUAUUAUGCUUUGUUCACAUCACUCACAAUUUUUGCCAGUGCCAUAAUGUUCAAGGAUUGGUCUGGUCAGAGUGCUAGCAGUAUUGUGUCAGUGCUUUGUGGAUUCAUAGUUGUGCUUUCUGGAACUUUGAUAUUGCAUAGUACAAGAGAAAAGGAUCCAGCUUCUGUUACAGGUUUUGCUUCAUAUCAUCCCAUCAAACAAUUGGAGCUUGUCCAGCACGUCAAUGAUCAUACUCCACACCUGUCCACCAAAUUGAGUUUGUCCAACUAGUUUCAUGCAGCAAAUCUUACACUCCUCUCAUCAGACAUGUCAUAUGAAUUUAUAGGAAAGGAUAUAUAGAAUAUAACAUUAUACCCAUUCCUUCUGUAGUAAAUUUUUGAAAUCAUUCCAAGAAUUUCCAAUGUGCACGUGUGGUUGUGUUUCUUUCUUUGUAUGGUCGGCAGUGUGGGGGAAUAUUAUCACAGGUGAUAAUUUGAGGGGAAGAGGUUUCUCAAUAGUGGAUUGGUGUUGCAUGUGCUGGUGUAGUGGAGAGGAUGUGUAUCCCCUUUUGAUCCAUUGUGAAGGGGCUUAUUGGUUAUGGAGUUUAGCAUUUUGAUCUUUUGGAGUCUCUUGCGUCUUGCCUAAGAGGGUUAUUUAUUUAUUUAUUUAUUUUGGGGGGGGGGGGGGGGUGAGGAAUUGGUUGGGGAAAUGUGCAUUGGAUGUUUGGAAUUUGGUACCACAUUGUGUGAUGUGGAUUAUUUGGAGUGAGUGCAAUAAUUGUACCUUUGAAGAGCUGGAGUGUUCAAGGGAUCAACUCAUAACAUUGUUUGUCGGGACUUUGAUUGGUCUUGGGUGUGGGAACUCACAUCUAGUGAUUCCAUCAAUUGUUCAUAGAUUCUCCUUCCAUUUUUACAAUUUCUUCUGUUUUUGUAUCUUGUACAACUUUUUUUGGCUACUUCAUCCCUUUGAAUGAAGUAGUCCUCUCUAUUAAUAAAGUAUUCUUACUUAUCAACUA